CUCCUGCUCCUGACGACCUUCGCGCUGGCGAUCCCGACGCUGAAGAGCGCGGGCGCGUCGCCGAUCCUCGGGUUCCUCGCGACGGGCGUCGCGCUCGGCCCGCACGGCCUCGGCGUCAUCAGCGACUUAAGGACGACGGAGGCGCUCGCGGAGCUGGGGGUCGUCUUCUUCCUCUUCGAGAUGGGUUUAGAGCUGAGC